CCAUCACACUCUCUUUUCUAUAUCUUGCCCGCGGCAGAUACCACAUUCUUUCUCAUCGCUGUCUAUCGUUCGAAGAGCUAGUCUCCCUCACGCCGUUCCAUCUACAAUAUUCACGGUCCAGCAUCACUUCAGACGAUUCCAGCCACCACAAUCUUUGCUCCGCUCAGCAGGUCUCAGCGAGUUUCCCAAAUACCCAAGUUUUACAGUCUUUCAAACGUCAACAUGUUCUCCAAAGCCAUUGCCAUUUCGGCGCUUGCCGCCAGUGCGUCUGCGCACAUCGUCUUGACCUACCCAAAGCCUUUCGGCUGGGAUACUUUGAACAGCUCUCCCCUUGCUCCUGCCGACUUCCCCUGUAAGCAGCGCAACGGCGUCUACGCCGUCGAUACCAUGAACCAAUGGAACGCCGGAGAAACCCAGAACAUCACUUUUGGUGGCACUGCCGUCCACGGAGGUGGUUCCUGCCAGUUUUCCAUCACAACUGAUCCCGAGCCCACCGAGAAGUCUCAAUGGAAGGUCAUCCAGAGCGUCGUCGGAGGCUGCCCUACGGCGAAGACCAACGAGAACUUCGAGGAGAUCCCAGGCAAAGAUCCGCGUACCAUUGCUGUCCCCGAUGAGUUCCCUGUCACUAUGCCCAGCGACAUCCCAGAGGGUCGCUACACCUUUGCUUGGACUUGGAUCAAUAAGGUCGGAAACCGCGAGUUCUACAUGAACUGCGCACCCAUCCAAGUCGGGAGCAGUGGAAGCACUGCCAGCACUGCUAGCGCAGCCAAGGCUCUGGCAGCUCUCCCAGAUAUGUUUGUUGCCAACUUACCUGAUACUGAGUGCAAGGCCGCGUCAGGUAACUUUGUUUAUCCCGAUCCCGGAUCCAAAGUUAUGCAGCUCAAGCAGGAGGCACUGAUCAAUGCCGUCUCUGGCGCUGCAUGCCAGAAGCAGAACGCUCUGGGCGCGGGUGCUGGCUCGAUCGGAAGCCCAUCCGCAGGCACUCCCUCCACCCCGUCUGAGGGCACUCCUUCUACCCCAUCCGAUGGUGGCUACCCUACCAAGCCCAGCAGCGGUGUCCCUUCAGAAUCACCCAUCAACAAGGGACCCACAGAGUCCAAGGCUCCUCUCAACCCGGGUGGUGUCUUUGCCCCAGGCGCAUCCUCUGUUCCUGUCUCCAAGCCUACUCCCCAGCCCGAAGCGCCUGCUCCUGCUCCUGCUCCUCAGCCCGAACCCGCCCCCGCCGCACCGUCAGCUGCUCCUCAAGUCCCCAACAACACUACUCCCACAAAUGGAGAGUGCACUCCUUGCACCAACGACGGAGCUGUUGUUUGCAUCGGCAGCAAGAAGUUCGGUCUUUGCAACCGCGGAUGUGCUGUUGCUCAGGAUCUCGCCGAGGGCAUGAUGUGCUCUGCUGGUGCGGUUGUCGCCACAACCAAGCGCAACAUCCACUUUCCCUCGCGCCCACCUCCACCGCCGUCACAGCGCCGCCCACCUCAUCUAAGCGACACACUGUAUAUCACGAUCCACACACUUCUUUUAUACCCGGUUGCAUCUUUUGGAGUUGGCGGAAAACUAUCUUGGAUACCUACGCACCGCUUCGUAGGUCAGGCUAAGGCUUAG